ACGAGGGGAAGUCCGGCUCCGUGCCUGGGGAGCACCAUGAGCUCCGCCGAAAUUAAGAAGCCACCAGUGGCCCCCAAACCAAAAUUUGUCCUAGGACACAAGGCAGCACCUCCACCUGUUGCACCGAAGCCUGAUAUUGUACUUUCUGGUGGGAUACAAGCAGCAAGGAAAACCAAGCCAGCAAUUGCACCAAAACCAAAGGUUCUCAAGAGCUCUUCCAUCCCAGAAGUUAAACCUCCAUCAUCUACACGAAAGAGCACAAAAAGCUUUGAGGAGCACAGGGAGGAUUCUUCUCAAACUCUAGACCAUUUGAACUAUAAAAAUGAAACCUCAGAAGGGAGUACUGGAAGCACAGCAUAUAUUUUACCUGUGUCACCUUGCAAAUUUGAAUGCCUUCAUAAACUUGGAAAUGGAGACAACACCUGUAAAACUCAGAUCAUUCUUGAGCACUUUGACACCUUAGAGAACAUCAAGCUUGGUGAAAGAAAUGCACUAUCUCUGGGGGAUAGUCAUAAUGAAAAAUUGGCAAGUAGAGGUCAGGUGGUUUUGAAAGCCAGCAUUUUGGAAGAGAAACUUAAGGAUGUCCUAACUCAUGGUGUGUUUCCUAACAGCAGUCCUGUGAGGCACAGGAAUUCAGACAAGUUUGACAAAGGGGAUGGCAGCAGUUUCAAAAACGAUGUUAAAAUAGAGUUUAUGGAACUUGUACAAUCUUCAUCAUCUUCUGAGGUAGCUAAAGGGAAGCAACAAAAUGCUGAUGGUAAGAUUAUUGCUGAUGAGUUUCAGAUGUCUGAAAUUUGUCCUAGUUUGACUGAAAACAACCAGAGUUGUUUUUCCUCAUUGGACAAGGAAACUCUAGAGAAUGAAAAUUUAAGUAGCAUUAGGAUGUUUUCAGGUGAAGUAGGGAUGAAAGCAGAUGCUGAUAAAGCCUCCCCUGGAACAUCUUCAGUGCUGAGCUCCAAAGUGCUUCCUAUCCCUAAGCCAAGAAAGCCACGUGCUGCAUGUCUAGUCCGUCAGGAUGGCAUAGACAGCACAGGAGAAGGAACAAAGGAACCAUCUAAUUCAGAGAAAGAUUUUUAUGGUGUUGUGGACCAAAGCUUAAAAAAGCCAGCAAGAAUUAAUGUCCUUGGUCAAAGUGUUUGUUAUAACAAUAAUGCAGAAGUAUUUCAUCCUGAAAAAUGUGAGGUAACUCAAAGCAAUGCAGAAAAAAUGCCUCAGGUAAAGGAGCCUGCUGGGAAAGAGUCAGCUUCACAAAAUAUUUUGCCUCAGUUUUCACAUGGAAGUCCUGAUUUGGUGAGACAUGUUGAAUCUUCUUUAAAUGCAGACCAUAACUCCAUGGAUGAGGUAACGGACGACACCAGUAUGCCAGGUGCUGUGGACAAAAGAACUGACUUUGUCAGGUGUGGUACCCUGUCCAUGAGUUUGCCAAAGCAGCUCAAACUGGCAAGCAGUCAGCACUCAUCUACUCCCAAUAGUCUCCAUGUUUCCCCACAAAACUUGGAAAAUAAAGAAGUUAAAAUAAAAGAUGAGAGUUCCCCAAAAGUUGUUCCUAAGAAACCACAGAGGCAUGGCCUUCCAGCUGCUGGCCUGCUGAAAAAAGCUGCAUCAGCAGAGCUUGUGGACAAAAGUUCUUACACCUCCAGUGAGGACAAAUCGAGCAGCCUUCUAGAAGGAUCUCACUUUGCACAUCCACGAGCCAAGGAGCAGGAUGCACUUUCGUCCUGUGACAUACCCAAACGUUCUGAAAAACCCGUCUGGAAGUUGCCUCAUCCUAUUCUUCCGUUUUCAGGAAAUUCUGAAUCAUUAAAAACUGCCACCAGCUUCAGCCAUUUGACUGUUGUGACGAAGCCUAGGGCCAAGUCUCUCUCUGCUGUGGACAUGGACAGGACAGACAAGCCCUGCAAAGACCAUCACAAGAAAAAUAGCUUGAAAAAGCUUCUGAACAUGAAACUGUCAGUUUGCUUAAAGAAAAGUGACUUCCAAAAAUUUCUGUCUAAAGGCAGCCAGUCGGUGGAGAGUGCUAUUGCCAACCUUCCCAAUGGGGAUGGAUAUGGAAGUAACAGGAAUAUAGGGUCUGUAGGCAGUGAAAGGAAAGCUAAAUCUGCCAAGGCACAUUCCGUAGAAAUAAGUAGUCCGGCAUUACAGAAGAAGAGGCAGAGAAACAGAAGUCAGCCUGAGAUGCGAAAUAACCAAAGGCUGGAGUCUUUAGAAAGACAUGGACUCUUGGGAGAGAAUUUUUCCCAAAUGCCUUUGAAUUCUGUAACCAGCACUUGUGAUCCGGAGUAUGAGAAUGUGCGUCACUAUGAGGAAAUACCCGAGUAUGAGAACUUGCCUUUUGCAAUGGGUGCUAGGAGAAACCUCUGCUCUGAAUGGCAGAACUCCAGCAGUGUGGAAGACCAGAGCAAUGACUUCUAUGAAGUUGAGGAGCCUUGUGAAGCUACAAGCAGGCAUUGGAGACUUGACAGGUCCUUAGAAGAACACCAUGAUCAUCCCAACGUGGUAAUGGGAGAUCUUCAGUCGGAUGAAGAAGAUAUCAUGAACAGUUCUGACGAAGAUGAUGACACAAAUUCUGAUUCCAGCAAAGGGGAGACCGAUGCUCAAGAAGAUAAACAGGGUAAGGCAGCUGGAAAGAAAACAAAGGUUUACCAUAUUGCCAAGGAGAUCAUGAGCUCAGAGAAAGUGUUUGUGGAUGUGCUAAAGCUCUUACACAUUGAUUUCCGGGAUGCUGUGGCACAUGCCUCUAGGCAACUUGGAAAGCCAGUGAUUGAGGACAGAAUCCUGAAUCAGAUCCUCUACUACCUACCUCAGCUCUACGAACUCAAUCGGGACCUCCUGAGGGAACUGGAAGAGCGAUUAACUCACUGGCUUGAGCAUCAAAGAAUUGCUGAUAUAUUUGUUAAAAAGGGUCCCUACCUAAAGAUGUAUUCAACUUACAUCAAAGAAUUUGAUAAAAAUGUUGCAUUAUUAGAUGAACAAUGUAAGAAGAAUGCAGGAUUUGCAUCAGUAGUCAAAGACUUCGAGAUGAGCCCCCGCUGUGCUAGUCUGGCCCUCAAGCACUAUCUGCUCAAGCCAGUUCAGAGAAUUCCCCAAUACAGGCUCCUGUUGACAGAUUAUUUAAAGAAUCUUUUGGAAGAAUCUGCCGACUAUAGGGAUACUCAAGAUGCAUUAGCUGUUGUCAUAGAAGUUGCAAACCAUGCCAAUGACAUCAUGAAGCAGGGAGAUAAUUUUCAGAAACUCAUGCAGAUCCAGUACAGUUUGAAUGGACACCAUGAGAUCGUACAGCCAGGAAGGGUCUUUUUGAAAGAGGGAACACUGAUGAAGCUAUCACGGAAGGUCAUGCAGCCAAGGAUGUUUUUUCUGGUAAGAUGCUAUGUAUGUUGCUAUGUGCCUUAUCCUGGUGUAAUUUCUGGCAGUUUUUACUCCAACAGUUCUGCUACAGAAAGAGAUGAGUGGUUAGAAGCUAUCUCCAAGUCAAUUGAAGAAUAUACAAAAAAGAGAAUCACGUUUAAUCCAAGCAAAAGUCUUGAAGAGGCAGAUCCAGAGAAACAGGAAGAAGAUAGUCCUCUGGGGUCCAAGGCUCCCAUCUGGAUCCCUGACACAAGAGCCACGAUGUGCAUGAUCUGUACGAGUGAAUUCACGCUGACGUGGAGAAGGCACCACUGCAGGGCAUGCGGGAAGAUUGUCUGUCAAGCUUGUUCAUCAAACAAACAUGGCUUAGACUAUAUGAAAAACCAGCCAGCUAGAGUAUGUGAUCAUUGCUUCAGGGAGCUACAAAAGCAAGAUAACCAGUGCACUCCUAAGAGUGGAUCCCCAGUCAACCAUAAAUCUCCAUCAAGUGCCUUGUCUACAGUAUUACAGAGUAUUCCCUCUGGAAGAAAGCAGAAAAAAAUUCCUGCAGCCCUCAAAGAAGUUUCAGCAAAUACAGAAGACUCUACAAUGAGUGGCUACCUACACAGAUCUAAGGGCAGUAAGAAACCAUGGAAACACCUGUGGUUUGUUAUAAAAAAUAAGGUGCUAUACACAUAUGCUGCUAGUGAGGAUGUGGCAGCAUUAGAGAGCCAGCCUUUACUUGGAUUCACAGUCAGUGAAGUAAAAGGUGAAAACUCAGAGUCAAGAGUGUUCCAUUUACUGCACAAAAACACUUUAUUUUACAUAUUCAAGGCAGAUGAUCCCCAUUCAGCUCAAAAGUGGAUAGAAGCUUUUCAAGAAGGCACUGUAUUAUAGCAGUGUCAACAUUGUGUCUGCAAGUUUAAAAGAAAAUAUCCAAGAAUGGUCGUAGAACAGACUACAGCAAUUGUUCACAGAAACAGAAUCCUGCCGUCGUAACCUACACAAAAUUGUAUAUUUGUCAGGAUUAGGAGUUGUUGCAUUUUUAGUGUAAAGUAAUAUUUUUCUAAAGAAUUGUAUGUAUUUCUGUGUUGAUACAAAAUGUGUUAUUUAUUAAAUUCCAGUGUUUACUUAAA